AUGGCGGAGGUUUUGAAGUUGGUGAAGCGUAUCGUGGUAAAGGUAGGCUCCUCAAUCCUCGUGGAGAACCAGGAGAUCGCCUCGCACCGCAUUGAGGCGCUAUGCCGAUUUGUAGCAGAGCUGCAGGCCAGGUAUGAGGUUAUCCUUGUCACCUCCGGCGCAGUCGCCGCGGGCUACACAAAGAAGGAGAUGGACAAGUCAUUUGUGCCCAAUAAGCAGGCACUCGCAUCGAUGGGGCAGCCGCUACUCAUGCACAUGUACUACACCGAGUUUCAAAAGCACGGUAUCCUGUGCGCGCAGAUGCUCCUUGCCGCCUAUGACCUUGACUCGCGCAAGCGAACCAUCAACGCCCACAACACCAUCGAGGUGCUCCUCAGCCACAAGGUGAUCCCCAUUAUCAACGAAAACGACGCGACGGCGCUUCACGAGCUGGUCUUUGGCGACAACGACCGUCUUUCGGCCCUUGUCGCGCACCGCUUCAAGGCGGAUCUUCUCGUCAUUCUUAGCGAUAUCGACGGCUACUACACAGCGAAUCCGCGGACCUGCACAGAUGCUAAGAUCCGCAAAGUCGUCCAUGAGAUCGACCCUAGCGAGCUGGUGGCCGAGGCAACCCCGAACAAUCGAUUCGCGACGGGGGGCAUUGUGACAAAGCUCCAGGCUGCUCAGUUCCUCCUGGAGAGGGGCGGGAAGAUGUACCUCUCGAGCGGCUUUCAACUGGAGACGGUGCGCGACUUCCUUAUUGGCGGACACCAUGAGCUGGGCACGCUGUUUUAUCCGAGAGUCCUCUCCGCUUGA